CGGGACGUGGUGACGAAGAUAGUUGCCAUGGAGUUUCGCGGGGUAACCCUGAGAUAGUGGGACGUCGAGGCUGGAGAGGAAGCAAUUGCUGGUCAUUCAGUCUGGAGAGCAGAAGGUGCUGGGAUCUGUCUCUUGGUCAUGAGCCAGAAUAGUGGGGAAAGACUGACUCCAAAAAUACAGCCCCCGGAAUGAGCAAGGCAGCGUGAAGGCUUUGUCACUUCUCCCCAGCUGUCAGGGAACAAUCCCUGAACCCAAAGGAAUGAAUCCCUAAUGGUGGACUUUCAGGCAUCAGUGACAGGGCGGACCUAGACUCCCAGGGCACAUGCUUACACCUGAUGAAUGAUGGCCUGAAAUAUGAGCAAACUGGAGAACGCUUCAGUGCAGGAGCCCCCUCUCGACUACUCCUUCAAAAGCAUCCAAGUCAUUCAAGAUCUAGUAACCGAGGAGCCAAGGACAGGGCUACGACCACUGAAGCACUCAAAGUCGGGGAAGUCGCUGACCCAGUCUUUGUGGCUGAAUAACAAUGUUCUCAAUGACCUGAAAGACUUCAACCAGGUGGUUUCACGGCUGCUAGCACACCCAGAGAACCUGGCCUGGAUUGACCUGUCCUUCAAUGACCUGACUUCCAUUGACCCUGUCUUAUCAACUUUCUUCAACCUGAGUGUCCUCUAUCUUCACGGCAACAGCAUCCAUCGCCUAGGGGAGGUGAACAAGCUGGCUGUCCUUCCUCGACUCCGGAGCCUAACACUCCAUGGAAACCCCAUAGAGGAGGAGAAGGGGUAUAGGGCCCAGGUAGAAACCAUGUCUCCAGCCAUUGCACUGGCUUUUCUGCCACUGGUGGUGACAUUGCUGGUGCGGUACCGGCACUACUUCCGACUCCUGGUGCGCACAGUCUUACUGCGGAGCCUGCGAGACUGCCUGUCAGGGCUGCGGAUCGAGGAGAGAGCCUUCAGCUAUGUGCUUACCCACGCCCUGCCGGGUGACCCCAGUCACAUCCUCGCCACCCUAGACCACUGGAGCAGCCACUGCGAGUACCUGAGCCACAUGGGGCCUGCCAAAGGUCAGAUCCUGCUGCGGCUGGUGGAGGAGAAGGCCCCUGCUUGUGUGCUAGAGCUGGGCACCUAUUGUGGAUACUCCACCCUGCUGAUUGCCCGUGCCCUGCCCCCUGGGGGUCACCUUGUCACUGUGGAAAGGGACCCUGGAACAGCAGCAGUGGCUGAAAAACUCAUCCGUCUGGCUGGCUUCGAUGAAAACACGGUGGAGCUCAUCGUGGGCAGCUCAGAGGAGGUGAUCCCGUGCUUACGCACCCAGCACCAACUGAGUCGGGCAGACCUGGUACUCCUGGCACACCGGCCCCGAUGUUACCUACGUGACCUGCAGCUGCUGGAGGCCCAUGCCCUACUGCCAGCUGGUGCCACUGUGUUAGCUGACCAUGUGCUCUUUCCUGGUGCACCCCGCUUCCUGCAGUAUGUCAAGAACUGUGGCCGCUACCGCUGUCGCCUCCACCACACUGGCCUCCCAGACUUCCCCGCCAUCAAGGAUGGCAUAGCCCAGCUCACUUAUGCUGGACCUGGUUGAGGUCCAGGUCUAGGGGUACUUAUUGAUGGCCCCCACCCAAGCAAAGCUCUCAGAACAUCCCUUCCCCUCCCUGUUUGGGGCCUGACACAUGCUGGGCUUAGGACUGAAGAGGCUCUCUUCCCACCUCUGCCCC